GUGAGAGUGAAAACACGUGACUUCAGGGUCACGUGCUACCAACGUUUAGUAUUUAUAGCUUCUCUUCUGUAGACCUAAAAAUAUCAUCGAAAUUUUCUACCUUCUAAAGUUGUCUCCUGAAGAAUUGAGUGCCCAGCUCCUACCGUCUCCCUCACCUCGCUGUCGCGAUGUAGCGAUUCUCCCCAUUUUACUACGUGUAGCCACUUGCUCUAUGCUUGGUAUAUGCGAAGGCUUUUCUUGUGUGACCAUUACCACCUUCUACACUUUUACAUUGGUGACCUACGCAGGGAAGAAAACGUCGAAAGGUCAGAUAGCUAUGUGCGAACCUGAGCUCUUGGAUCGUCUUCAGAAAGCAAGUGGUUAUUGGGUGCAAUAGGUAGAUUGAGGUAACGGGACUGCCGGAAUACCUGUAGAUGGUAUGGUGUCGCAACUCGUGAUUGUUGCGGUGAGGGAGACAUUGUUUCCCUAAAAACUCAAAACCGAUAUGUGGCCUCUUGGUGUAAAAGUGGGGGGGAGUGGAAAAACUUUAUUGUUGUAUCCACAUCCACCACAGCACCGAGAGAACAUAUCGUGACUAUCUCGAACGAAAUAGCCUCCUGCGGAAACGCCGGUAUCGCUUGGAAGUCAAGGGAGAAUCUUCGCUUUUUCAAUCUACAAGUCAGGUGGGCGGGGGGACACCAGGGUAAACAAGGUGAAAACUCAAAAGUCUACGGGGCUAGAAAAUUCCUAUAGAGUUCUGAUUAUACGUGGUCAGAAUGGGGGUGGACUAGCAGCCAUCUGAUGGGUAUUCACCGGCGAUACAAGGGUGAAUUCUCUCUUGCCCAAUGAUGAAAGGGAGACAAAGAGCGGAGAUACUUCCUUAGCCAAGAGCUAUUCCGAAAACUCGGGAAAGUAGGAGGUUACGAGUUAGAGAAAGCCCAACGUCAAUAUGCCGAAAAAGUGGUGAAAUGUUGGUUGUCGUGGAUGCAAUGGGUCUCUUUGUAACUUCGCAAACUUUUCGCGAAGUUAUGAAGAAGGGUAAAAGACUCCGAAGUUGUACGAAAACAACGGUAUAAAGUCUUGCUACCCUUCCAAGAUUGCAACCUGCAACAACCGAUCAAGAAUAAAACAUUAGAAAAAGAAGGAAAGAAUCAUUUCAGACAAAAUGGAACCCAUUAAAUUCGAAGGAGAGGCUGGUCAAAUGAGGGAGAGAGACUCGAUCUCUGAUUCGGCUUCCGAUACAUCAAUUCCGAUCACUGCAUCCAACUCUCGGGAACAGAGAGACACCCCCGAAGCUCCAGGAGAAGGACCACUCCCUCAACAAGUAAAGGAGCAACGAAAAACCGAGUCUGUCAAACAGAAGCAAAGCGCCAAUGUGUUCCCGCAAGAUGGGCACGUUAGCGCUGCACAACUUGCUGCUAUUUUGGAACAACUGAGCAGAGCAAAUGCCCCACCAUUGCCCCUCCCCGGACAAGAAGGAAUGCCGUGGUUCCAAGGUUCCAAUGCUACAGAGUGGUGUGAAGGCAUGGAACAACUCCGACGCAACUACAGGAUGAACGAGGAAGACUUCCGUCUUCGAAUUCCAUUGCAGGUGGAAAGGACUCUUCGAGAGGAUGUUAAGGCCAUGAAAGAGUGGCAGCAAGAAGGUUGGGAUUGGGAACGCAAAUUCAAGCCUGCAUUUCUCAAGGAGCACUUGGCAGAUGAUAUUCAUCAGAAAAUGUAUUCGAGAGACUACAUUCGUCGUCUUGCUAAGAAAUAUAAACAGGAAGGGGAAGACAAUGCUGACGCACUUGCACGCUUUACGCGUCAGUAUAAUCAAGUCGCCCAACGCUUGAUUAGAGACAAAGCUUCAACCAAGAGCGAGGUCACUGAAACUUUCUUGAAAAACAUCCCUAAAAGAGCUGCUCGCAAGUGCAUUGCUGGACUCAAGAUAGACCUGAAGAAACCUGGUACAGUGGAGUGGGAUAAAGUCUUUCAAUGGGUAAUGCAAUAUACAGACAAUGAAUCCCAAUUUAGGAUCCUCGAGGUGAGCGAUUCUGAGGAAGAUUCGGGUCUGGAAGAGUUGAUCGAUACUGUCACUUCAUUCAAGAAAACCAAAGUGCAAGCCAAGAGUCCUGUCAUCCCAAAGGCAGACAAAUCCCUCUUGCUACGCGACCCCAAAUGUCAACAUACUACCCCUCUCUGGGCUCGAACAAUGUGCAAGAUGGUAUGGACGACAGUGUAGAAUAUGUCAAUGUCGCUCAGAGGAGAUAUUGUUACUUUUGCCAAAACCAAUACCCUGGGAAAGAAGAUCACA